ACUGGUCGCGACCGACAGACCGGAACCCCUCGCGAUUAAAUGGAUCGUAAGCCGCGCGCGCCACUUUUAAUCUCUACACACCGCGUUAUCCCAUUCUUCCAUUUUAUCGCCUCGUUUCGCUAUUUUUACGCUACCACUGGACGCGCCCACCGGCCGAGUCGUUUGUUUUCUCGCGAUACUUAGCCGAUCGACCGAUCGCCGGACGAAAGGAUGCCGCGUUCUCGCUGGCGGAGCCGAAACGCGAACACGAAACCGAAGCCUCGCUUCUCUCGCCGCGUCGAUCUACGCCGUAACGAUACUGUCGCGUGUUUCAGAACGCUCGACAUGAUAGGAAACGUAGUGCUGCUGAACGGGACAGUGUUCCAGCCGGCGAAACAGGACACCGUCCACGAUAUCUUCGAUCGUUUCUCAAACAAAGAUCCUCUUUGCCUGGAAGACACGGUCGCCGAUGCGCUCGAAACGAAAAGGAACGAACAGAACGAUUCGGACGACGCAACGACAGCCAUGUCCAUCCCGACCGCUGUCACCGCAACCCCCGCCUCGACCACCACGGAAACAGAAACGGAAACGGAAACGCUGAACGCGACGACGACGGUUUCGAGGAUCCAGGAUAGUAGUCGCGAUGCCGAAGAAACUACGCACGAGCGACACAAGAUUUACAGCGAGGCGUUUUUAAAAUGCUGCGCCGAACUCGCGAGCUACAGCGACAACGCCUGCCACAGAGAUCAUCGCAGAACCAGCUGGUUCUCUCGGUUUCGUCGACGAUGCUCCAGUGUCCGCGAUUGGCUACCGACAAUGUGCUCGUGCCUGGACGGUAGCAGCGUGUUCCUCGACCGAUCCGUGACACGCGUGGGAAAUUAUCACCGCCUCGGCGGGAAAUCCAACUUCUUCGAAUUCGAUCGCACGAUGGAGGAAUCGAAGCGUAAUCGAUACGUGGACAUCGGCGACGACUUGGACGAGGAGGUGGAGGAGCUGCGUUUUUACAACGACGACCUCACCUGGAACACGCUGCUCGUCGAAAGGAAUCUACGCACGGUGGAUCUGUGUCAGCUGCUGAAGGUUAAAAGAAGCGUGUCCGGCAUCGAUUGGUCGAUCGUGGAAACGUGGCCGGAACUUGGAAUCGAGCGCACGCUGGAGGAUCACGAGGACAUCUCGGCGGUUCACAGAGAGAUGAAAAUGUUCGCCUCCCAGCACGAGAGGAAAUUCUUUUUUCGUUUAGAUUACCUCAAGUACGAAUUUUUCUUUGAUCCUAAGCAAUUCUUUCCCACCGACAUGGUCGCGUUUCCUGCCGCCUUCACGGACCAUGACGGAACGGUGACAGACGCCGAAAUCGCCUUGCGUAAUUAUCUACAGCAGGAAAACGGCGAGUGUCCACAAGUGUUCAGUCUGGUGUGGAUACGGAUCGGUCAUUUGGACGCGUGGAGAAGAACGCACAUGCUCCUUCGCGAUCGGAAGCUCUACCUCGCUAAGAAGGAAAACGAGCAACUGAUACCCCUCGCUCACUUGUUGGAUUACGUCGUGUACAAGAUUACGAACGCGAAGAAACGGUUCAAAGCGCCCUUCGAGUGGGGCGUUUGCCUGAGGCCAUCCUGCAACGCCGAAGCCGUAAGCACGGUGGCUGGAGAAUCCGGCCUCAAGGUCAUCGCUUUCCACAGUGAAAAGUCCCGCGUUUGCUGGCUCACGGCCAUGAGACUCGCCAAGUAUGGCAAACAACUCAGGGAAAACUACAGAGCUUUCAAGAACAAACAGUGCGAGCAAAGCGGCGGGGAGAAUCCAAAGGAGCGGUACGUCAACUACAAUGUGUCCAACGAAUCGGCGCGUUCCCGGGUGGCGAUGGAUUUCACCGGAAGCGUCGGCAGGAUCGUGGAGGAUCCAAAGGAGGCGAAGAACAUCGCCGAGAGCGAAGGAGUAAAUUGGCGGCGAACCUGGAGGCCGUUUUCUAGAACUCCACCUGGUUGCGCGGUGGUUAGACUUCACGGACUCGACGACGGUAUUCACGUGUUGCAGCCCUGGUUUCACAGGGGAUUGAAGAGGGACAUGGCUGCAGCGAUCGUCAGGGACCACGGUUCCGUGGACGGAGUGUUUCUCGUCCGGGAGAGCAAAAGCAAUUUAGGCGCUUACGUGUUGACGUACAAGUACAGCGACAGGGUGUUCCACGCGCAGAUCCAACCCGUGUUCGACGAACGAUGCAAUUGCUGGCUGUACACUUUGGACAAGGGUAUAACCAAGUUCUACGAUUUGCUGCAACUGAUCGAGUUUUACCAGCUGAACGCGGGUUGCCUGCCCACCAGACUGACCCAUUACGUGCAGAACGGCGUGCCGGCCGCGGUGCCGCGACCGGAAGACGGCGGUGCCUCGCCGUCGCCUCCCGAACUCGGUCAUCGUUUCGCGAACGUCACCGCAACAGGCGCCACCGGUUUCGCCAGCACCGCCGGUCACAGAAGCAUCUGAGGAUAGGAUAUCCGGCGACCCGCUAGCGUCGGUUCCACGUUCGAGCACGCGUCCCCGGUUCUGAACGGGAACGGGACCGUUGAACGGUCCGGGGAGGCUACGAACGUUCGCUCGACGCGAUCGGGUUGCUGGAGCUUGUGCCUGUGCAGCUACAGCAAAUGGAACUUGUAACGCUCCUGCCCCGCUCCUGCUCGACUCGGCUCGAAGGCCAGCGCCAGAGGCGAAUAGAAAGCUACUUUGCCGGAGAACGGCGACGUUGCACGCGUUAGUUCGACGCUACACAAGACGGAGACCGUUUCGUAGAAUGAUUCGUCGUCGAUCGACCAAACACGCAUGGAACGCACGCGACUCGUCCGCUCUUCGCUUCGCGAGCAUCGCGUCAGUCGUGGUUAAACCGGCGGUUCAAAAAUCGACUUUGACAGCGGUUAAUCAAUAUCGAUUUUUAACGUCGGCGCCGCGCGACGCGUCGCCGUCGACGGAGAGCGGACGCGACCAGCACCGAUAAACAUCGAGCAAGGAAUUAACACAAUUGAGACUGCGAUCGGUGCGUUACUCUGUUCGCGCGAUCAUCGUCGAUACAAAUUGCGAUAAAAUAAAUAUAUUUUGUACGAACGUAGACGGAAAGUGGACGCGAGCUCCGUCGGAGAUCCGCGUCCGUUGAGAACAAUAAACACAAAGAAAAUACAAA